AUGCCAACAGAAUUAGAGGAGCUCGUUUCUUUUUUGCACAGCCCACAGCCGGCUGUCGUACAGAUAGCAUUGGAUAACUUGGUGGGCUACUCUCAAAGUGCUCAUCAGCAAGUCUUUGCGUAUGACAAUUAUACUGCGAUUUCUGAUUUAAAGAGACUUUCCAAAGACAAAGGAAAGACUACAGUAAGCCAGUCGGUGACCAUCUUGGCUAAUCUAUGUGAUGACGUCAAGAUGCGGUCUCUCAUAGUGGAAGAUGUGGAUUACUUGAAAUUUUUGGUGACGUCGAUUGCAAAUGUGAAGAAUACCAAUGCUGACUUGAUGUGCAUUUUGUUGGUAAAUUUGGCUAAAAACGACAACAUAACUGCAAUCUUUAACAUCAAGGUGGAAAACGACGAUGAAACAUUCAAGUCUUCGAAAGCGAUGGACUGUCUUAUGGAUUGCUUCGUCAAGGGCUUCGAUAGAUCUCUCAAUAAGUAUGCAAACUACGACUAUUUGGCAUAUUUCUUUGCAGACAUUUCUCGGUUUACUGAGGGAAGGAACUACUUCGUCACCGAACAGGAGUACGAUGGUGUUGUUCCCAUUUCCAAAUUGUUGGUCUUCACCGAAAAAUACGACUCCAAAAUUAGAAGAGAAGGUGUUGCUUCUACGAUCAAGAAUUCUUUGUUCGACACAAAACGUCAUAUCGACUUUUUAACCGAUGAGUCCAUAAACUUAUUGCCUUACAUAUUGCUUCCAAUUGCGGGCCCUGAAGAAAUUGACGAAGAGGACAUGUUCAAUUUGCCUGAAGAGCUCCAACUUCUUCCCUCGGAUAAGCAGAGAGAUCCCGAGGACUCUAUAAUAUGUGUGCAUUUGGAAUCGCUACUUUUGCUCUGCACGGCCAGAGAAGGACGUGAAUACUUGAGAGAAAAGGCCCGUUUAUACUUUGAUCAGAGAGUUGCAUAA